GCGCGAAUCAUGGCCGACGGGGCCACCCCCGCAGCUGCCCCGUUGGACAUCGACCCCGACUUCGAGCCGCAGACCCGUCCCCGCUCCUGCACCUGGCCUUUACCCCGACCCGACUUCCCCGGCUCCUCGUCCGCCUCGGUCAAAAACGAUCCCGGUCCUGAAGCGGCGGAGAUGAUACCCGAGGAGGAAGACGACGACGAGCUGGGCGGCACGGAGUCCGGUUUGUUACCCGUCCCGGGCUCGGGUCCGGGCGGCGGAGAGACGGAGCCGCAAGGGGCUGACGGGCCGAAGCAGCCGGCGGGGGCGAGCGGACCGGAGGGCUCUCGCUCUCCGCCGCCGUCCUCGCAUGCACUCGGCGGGCCCGGCGGCGCCUUCGUGGUGGCGGCGGCUGGUGGUGGGGUGGCGGGGCCGCAGCAUCGCAAAGCCUCGUCCCGUAGGAACGCCUGGGGCAACAUGUCGUAUGCGGAUCUGAUCACGAAAGCCAUCCAGAGCUCGGCGGACAAGAGGCUGACGCUGUCACAGAUCUACGACUGGAUGGUCCGUUGCGUCCCCUACUUCAAGGAUAAAGGAGAUAGCAACAGCUCGGCCGGCUGGAAGAAUUCAAUACGCCACAACCUUUCACUGCAUAGCAGAUUUGUCAGAGUACAGAAUGAAGGUACAGGCAAAAGUUCUUGGUGGAUGAUCAAUCCAGAUGGUGGAAAAGGUGGGAAGUCUCCACGAAGGCGUGCUGUUUCCAUGGAUAAUAGUAACAAAUAUGCAAAGAGCAGAGGUAGAGCAGCAAAGAAAAAGGCAGCCCUGCAAGCGGCACAAGAGGCUAAUGCUGAAAGUCCAUCACAGCACACAAAAUGGCCCGGAAGUCCAACAUCUCGCAGCAGUGAUGAAUUUGAUGCAUGGACAGACUUUCGUUCUCGUACUAACUCAAAUGCCAGUACCUUGAGUGGACGACUUUCUCCUAUAUUAGCCAAUCCUGAACUUGACAAUGUUCAAGAUGAUGAUGCGGCUCCUUUGUCUCCCAUGCUAUACUCGAGUCCAUCCAGUGUUUCUUCAACUGCAAGUAAACCGUGCACUGUUGAGCUCCCUCGGUUAACUGACAUGGCUGGAACCAUGAAUCUGAAUGAUGGAUUGACAGAACAUUUGAUGGAUGAUUUACUGGACAAUAUUACUUUAACACCUACUCAACAGUCAUCACCUGGGAGCCUUGUGCAGAGAAGCUCAAGUUUUACUUAUGGGUCAAAGAAUUCUGGUUUAGGUUCCCCAAACAGUUUCAGCAAUUCCAUAUUUGGACCACCUGCUUUGAAUGCUUUGCGGCAGACUCCCAUGCAAACUAUUCAAGAAAACAAGCAAGCCACAUUUUCUUCCAUUUCUCGUUUUAGCAACCAAACUUUACAAGAUUUACUUGCAUCUGAUUCUCACAGUGAUGUUAUGAUGACUCAGACAGAUCCUCUGAUGUCUCAGGCAAGUUCAGCAGUGUCUUUGCAAAAUUCACAUAGAAAUCUGAUAAUUCAUAAUGAUCCAAUGAUGUCAUCCUUCACUGCCCAAUCUAAUCUGACAAACCAUAAUCCACUGCAUCGCCAGUCUCCACCUCAGACUUCUGCACUUACUGGUGAUAGUGCCUUGUCAAACUCCAUGAAUCAUGUAGCUUUACCAUCAGAUUCUAAUAAUGUCUCCACAAAGCACCAGCUUCAGUCGUCUGCCAAUCGGUCUAUGCAAAUAGGAUUGUCUGAUACACUUUCUGGCCCUUCCUAUCCUGGUAGCAUGACUCUUCCAGCUAUGGGACAAGACAAGUUUCCUAGUGACCUGGACUUAGAUAUGUUCAAUGGAAGUUUAGACUGCGAUGUGGAAUCCAUCAUUCGUAAUGAACUCAUGGAUGCAGAUGGGUUAGAUUUUAACUUUGAUUCACUCAUAUCUGCUCAGAGUGUUGUGAAUCUGAAUGUGGGAACUUUCACUGGUGCUAAACAAACGUCAUCGCAGAGCUGGGUUCCAGGCUGAAGUUGCCUUUUACUGGUGGAAACAGGUUAGUGAACUGAAUCCUUUUUGCCAAAUCUGCUAUCAUCAAGAUGACAUGAAUUGGAUUAUAGCAACUUCUGUCAGCUGUGAAUCUGACAUUUUCAUCUGCAAUGGGGACAGUUCCUGGAAUUACAUCUCAACCAACAUGAAAGAUGUUAACCAGAAGAAUACAAUUUACAUUUAAAAUGUAUUUUUGAAGUGUUUAAAAAAAAAAUUCCAUGUAAACUGUACAGUUUCUCCUGCAUACCAUUAUAUUUAACCGUAUAUAAAUUGUUGGUUGAUACGGGUUGGUGCAUAAUUUUAAUUUUAUUUGAUAAGAGCAUCUGCCUAUGGUCUCCAUUGUGUUGAGAUGAUUGAAAUGUUGAUAGAAUGGGACUAAUGAACAGUGCCAACAAAGGCAAGCAUAUUAAUAAAAUUAACAUGUAACUGAAGGAAUGAAGUGGGACAAAUUGCAUUGUCAGAAUGCCAGAAGAUUUAAACGCAGAUGAUGGUUUUUAGCCUUUUAACCUAAUAUGCAAUUGAUUAAUUGGCAUUUUUAAAUAAUUUGAAACUGCAUGAGCUUAUUCACAGUGUUGAAGUGCUGGUUUGAAUGGACACUUCCAAUUUAUGACCCAGCUUUGUUUGGUCUUCUGUAAUAGGAGCGUAAGGAUGUCCAGUUUAGAGAUGGGGUUGGUGAUAAAAAUGCAUUCAUGUGUUGAAGUUUCACCUAGCCUUGGAGUAAAACUGCCUCAGACUUUGCUUGGCUUUACAGACCAAUGUUGUGUACAGACCAAUCUUGUGAGAAAUUGAUUGGGAAGAAAGUUUUUUGUGCGUUUACACAUUAUUGCAUUCAGAGAAAAAAGCCAAAAUAAUUUUCUCUCAAAGCAAAUUUUGCUGCAUGCAUUGAAAUUUAAAUAUAUUUACAGGAUUGGAAAACUUUCCCUAUACAUUCAUCAUAAAUUUUUCCAAAGUUCCUAUCCUUUUAAACAAUAAAAAUGUUAUCCUUCCCUAUUCUGAGUACAGAUUGAUUUGAUAUAACAAAUCAUAUCACCAGAUAACAAGCUGCCUCCCUUUUGAACAGAAUCAUCAAUGGUCAGCUUUAAUGUGGUCUAUUUUCUGUAGGUACAUUUUUACUUGUAUAGUAAAUUGUUUUCAAUAAUGCAUUUCUGUAUGACAUUUGUACAUUUAUUGAAAGUUUUAUUGUACUGUGUACCCUUGAUCACCUUUUUGAAAUGUUUCUAUAUAAAUAUAUAGCAGCUCAGAUUGCACCAAUUUAUGCAUAUUUCUUCAACUAAUGUGUAAGAUUUUUCUCUUUAUACAAUAGGGUAAUGCACAUUUAUAUUUUACUAUGGCCAGAGACAAAUCAUUAUGCAUGAUUAUUUAGUAGUAAAUUAGCAAUUUGCUUCAACUCAUUGCAUGAAAUUCCAGACCAUCGUGGUCAUUGAUGUCAAUGCCCCUGGGGAGUGAGCAGUGAUGAAACUUAAUUGUAUAACUUAUCUGUCUCUCAUAAAUGGAUUCUUGUCUUUUCAUCAUGGAAGUCAUCUAAAAAGGUGUGCUAUAUGAAAUUGUAUUUGUAGAAUGAUAGCAUAUCAGUUAUGGCUAUUGAAUUGCUCUCAUCAAAUGUAAAUAAAGUUUAAGGUAGUAUAUUCAUUCCUUUACAUUUACCCAUGUUUUUGUUUAAUCUCUUGCUCUUUAUUAAAAUACCAUUUGUUAACUUCUGAAUCGGGUAUUCUGAGAGAGAAUUCUAUACAUGCCAAUUUUCUUAGCUACAUGGUAGAAAAGUAAUUAAAAGACUCAAGUUCCUGCCAAUCUGUUUGGAAUCUUAGUAUAAACCAUCACCCAGUGUUCUCAUCCAGGUCUGAAUAUGUGGCAAGUCUUGGGUUAGUAUCUCAGGAUAGGGAGAGAUGGAAUUGCAGUGAUUUACAGUACCACAAUAUUUGUCCAACCCCUUUUGUGGUUUGUAUAAAAUUAAUGGUAAUGGAAUAUAGUGCUUUUAUUCUUUCGAAACUAACUUAGUCCUAAUAUUUGGAACUUGUAAAACUCAAAUCAUUCAUACAUGAUCCAAUUUGCUAAAUUCUCCUGUGCAUUAAUCAGAUUCUGUGGCCUAAUUGUUGUUGUUCCUCCCCAUAAAAUAGGCAAGUGGUAUGUAAAGUUAGCUAUCAGUUAAAUCUAUUUGGUUUAAUAUAUCUUGUAUGAAACUACCACAGUUCUGGUUUCUGAAAUGGAUCAUGCGGUUUUUAUGAAUUCUGUCCACCAUUCAAUUCUGCCUGCCCCCAUUGUUCAGAAUGUGGUGUCUGAGACUGAUUAAAACUGAGCUGGGAUAUCCUAUAUUUUAUUUUCAAGUGCAUAUAUUGGUAUAUAUAAUGUAUAUGAAAUCUAUAUUCAGAGAUAUGAAUAUACUACCUUCCCUUCACCUCCUGUAAAUUUGAUAGUUUUGACAAGAAAACAAGUUCUAUUGAACUGCAGUUUUUUAUUGAAUAAAUUAUUGGUAUGUAUUGCUAUGUAUUUCAUUAAUCUGUGCUCUAGAAGAGUGCGCAUGUAAAAUAAAGCUUGAUAACACUAUGUUGAACUGAAAAAUUUCCCUGGAAGUUCCAAUUCUCGUGUGUAAAUUGUAUUCAUGGGUUACUCCAAAUGGAAGGCAGAUAUAAGCAUUAUGGUACAGCAAGUUACCCUUUUGACUAGGUUGUGUACUGCUACCACCUGAAUAAGAAUCUGAGCUCAUACUCCCAAAUGGCAUUCUGUGAAAAUCUUGGAAGUUUUUAAGUAGAAUUUUCUGUGUAACUUUUGAAUUUGUAUAACUUGUUGCAAUUCUUCCUUUUAGAAUACAAGUGUGAGAUGGGCCCUAGGUAGACACAAGGUGAGAUUUUUGGGAUCAAACCUCGUCUCACCGAGCUAAAAAUCUCACCUUGCAGCAGUUCUGGCUAUUUACUGAAUCCCUGAUGCCAGAUUAUUUAACAAGUAACAGCUACAUCUCCAAAUUUGAAAGCCUUAAACUGUAGCUAUCAAUCCCAUUAAUAACUGAAAAAAAAAAGAGUUGGAGCAAAUUCUCUGACCCCCUAACUGGUAGUUAUUGCCAUAACUGCUGGCAUUUUCUCCUUCAUAUAGGAGGGUUAACAGAUGAGUGUAUUUGCUUGCCCAUCCAACAACUUUCCCAACUGCCUGCUCACUGGUCCCACUUAUUGAUCAGUCCCUUGCCAAGCCACUGGUAGUUUGGAAUCUCUUCAUUUGUGGAGAUCUCCAGUGACAGUGAUCCAGGGUCUGCUGAAAGACCUCAGUCUGACUUGAAGGAGGAACAGGGUUGGUCUGGGCAUCGGAUGGGGUGGUAAUGUGGGGAAACAGCAUUUAAUGUUGCAUUCUGGAUAUUUUUGGCAGAAUCCAACAUUCCCCUGGAGGGUUGAUCACUCGAGCAGACAACCCUAAAUAAAAUAAAAUGUUGCUCACUGUCCCCUCCCCUCGGUGUCUGUGGAGUGUGGUUUUCCUGAAGCAGGAGCAACAAUAAAGAUGAGGCCUCACUUUCAUACCCAGUAUCUGUCUCAGAGUUCAACUUCAUACUAUUUAGGUAAGUGGGUUGUGGUGAGUGGGAAUAUUUUUUCCAUUAUGUUACUGGCUCAUAAUUUCCUAAACAUGUUGCAUUGGCAGCUAAUCCAGUGACAAUCUCUAAUCUGAUUGGCAGCAUAGUGAUGCAGCUGGUAGAACUGCAGUCUCACAGCUUGAUCUGGGUUCGAUCCUAACUUCUGGUGCUGCCUGUAUAGAGUUUGCACGUUCUUUAUGCGGAUUUUGUCCAAGUGCUCCAGUUUGGUCCCACAGUUUGGUUGCAGGCACGGUAGCAUAGUGGUUAGCAUAAUGCUUUACAGCGCCAGAGACCUGGGUUCAAAUCCGGCCACUGUCUGUAAGGAGUUUGUAUGUUCUCCCCGUGUCUGUGUGGGUUUCCUCCGGGUGGUCUGGUUUCCUCACACAUUCCAAAGACGUACAGGUUAGGAAGUUAUGGGCAUGCUAUGUUGGCGCCGGAAGUGUGGCGACACUUGCGGGCUGCCCCCCAAAAUCACUACGCAAAAGAUGUAUUUCACUGUGUGUUACGAUGUACAUGUGACUAAUAAAG